AUUUCCCUAGCAUACUUCUCUGCAUCGGUAUUUCACUCGCGCGUUGGCCGCUCGCCUGUGUGGAAGUGCCGUUACGGAUCUCGGGCAAAAGAAAAACAGUUAAAUAAAAUACUCUUCGGGCUCCAGAGUCGCGUCGCACACUCACACACACACGCACACAUACUAGCACAAUGUAUAUAAUUAUAUAUAUAUACUAAUACAUGAUUUGCACAAAAAUACGUAUACGACACGUAGCCAACGGCAUAACGAGUUUCAACGCUUCUAGCAGAGACCUUGCAACUUGCCACAUAAGCCUAAUAUUCCACCAAAAACCCGCUUCUUAGCCCCACGGUACUUGCAACAGUCUGUGCCCCUGCGGUGACUGUGUCAGCUUAUGCAAAUUUUGUGAAAAACUAUUCGUAGAAAGCAAGUCAAGUGCAACACAACGGCAGCAACAAGAAACAAUCACAAACUCUUAACCAAAUCAACAAAACCGAAACCGAAAGCGAAAGUAAAUCGAUUCCCGACUCGUCGCGAAGUUAAAGUUCUAAAAAAAAAAAAAGAAAUAAAUUAAAAAUGGCUUGGGGCUAUUGGUCCGCCACCACAGUGGAUCGCGGUCGAUCGCCGCGACGACUGACCCAGUGCGCCCCGCUGCCGGUCAACAUCGUGCAACAGGAGGAGGAGGAGGAGCAGCCGUGCCUGCCACAAAAACAGCAGCAACAGCAAUCCCAACAGCAGCAACAACAGUCGCAAACCUGCCCCAGUACUCCGUCGGCCAAUCAGCAGGGCAGCGGCAAUCUCUGCUAUAGCCCCACAUGUCGGUCACGUUGCUCGAGUCCUUGUCCAGGAUCACCGUGUGGCUCCAUAACGCCGCCGCCCCCGCCGCUGCUCACGUCGUCGCAGCAGCACCUCCACUCGAACAAGAACUGCCCGGCCGCCCAGCAGCUAAUGACUCACCUGGACUACGCGGCCAGGAGACAAUCUUUGGAUCAACUGGACAGUCCACAGUCCAAGUACUUCGAUAUACAGGCCAACCAGCUGUCGGACAUCAUGUGCCGCGGAGCGGUGGUCAGCUCCAUCCAAUCGGCCAACAACACCCUCACCAGAGGCGUCUCCCUGCACAGCCGGAGUGGCAGCGCCCACGGCAGUCACCAUGGCAGCCAUCACAGUCACAGCCACCAUGGCAGCGCCCAUGGUUCGCUGGGCUGCCUCCAGGGCGGAGUGGGCGUGGCCACGGGCAGCACAGGCAGCAUCGGGAUGAUGUCCGCCGGGCCCAUCGAUACCGGGGACUACGAUGUUCCACAUCCGCAUCCGUACACGCAUCACUACAUGCAGACCACGGCCUCGGUGACGCCGCCCCACUCGACCCUGAGUCGGCCGGGAUCGGCGGGUGCCGUGUGCCAGGGCCAUGACUCCGGAUCAGAUUCUAGCCAAGGAUGCGGCGGAUCCAUAAUGGGUGGCAUGCUGGUAAUGGGUCAUCCGGGCCAUAUGGGCAGCUUGGGCCACCACAGCGCCGGCAGCGGCUCGCUGGGCAGGUGCUCGAGUCGGUGUCACAACACCAACACCACAACGACUGAUGACUCCGGCGGUGGCAGCAGCGGAGGCGGCGGCGGUGGAGGAGGCAUGGGCACAGGCGGCGGCAGUGCCUCCAUGGCGGUGGGCAUGCCGGGCAUGCUGAUGGACUACCACCACAGCCAUCACAGCGGCAGUGCCGGGAGCGGCCUCAACGGAUGCGGAGGCGGUGGCAGCAUCGCCGGCGGCAGUAUUGGCGGAAGGAGCAGUGUCCUGGGCACCAUCCACAACGGGCAUGGCCAUCAUCAUCAGCAGUACCAUCACGAGUGCAUCCACUAUGAACGACUGCCCAUUCCCGUGCCCAUACCCACGGUGCCAAUGGGCGUGGCACCGCCCCCCCAGCAACAGCAGCAGCAGCAGCAGAUGUCGCAGCACCAGCUGCAGUCGGAGGAGGAAAUAGAGCCGGCCUAUGCGACAGUAUUCCCCAAUGUUCCUCAAGCGCCGGGAUUGUCCUGCGAUGGCGAAGAUCGCAGCAUCUAUCGGCGUGGUGCUCGACGCUGGCGCAAGCUAUAUCGCGUCAAUGGACACAUCUUCCAGGCCAAGCGUUUCAAUCGGCGUGCUUUCUGUGCCUACUGCCAGGAUAGGAUCUGGGGCCUGGGCCGUCAGGGUUUCAAGUGCAUCCAGUGCAAGCUGCUGGUGCACAAGAAGUGCCAUAAGCUGGUGCAGAAGCACUGCACGGAUCAGCCGGAGCCGUUGGUCAAGGAGCGGGCCGAGGAGUCAAGUGAUCCGAUGCCAGUGCCCCUGCCACCGUUGCCCUACGAGGCGAUGGGUGGCGGAGCGGAUGCCUGCGAGACGCACGAUCAUGCGCACAUUGUGGCGCCACCGCCACCAGAAGAUCCUCUCGAACCGGGCACCCAGCGCCAGUACUCGCUCAACGACUUUGAGCUAAUACGGGUGAUCGGACGCGGCAGCUAUGCCAAGGUGCUGAUGGUGGAACUGCGACGCACUCGCCGCAUCUACGCCAUGAAGGUGAUCAAGAAGGCCCUGGUCACCGACGACGAGGACAUCGACUGGGUGCAGACGGAGAAGCAUGUGUUCGAGACGGCCUCGAACCAUCCGUUCCUGGUGGGACUGCACUCGUGCUUCCAGACGCCGUCGCGUCUCUUCUUCGUCAUCGAGUUUGUGCGCGGUGGCGACUUGAUGUACCACAUGCAACGGCAACGGCGGCUGCCCGAGGAGCACGCCCGCUUCUAUGCCGCGGAGAUCAGUCUGGCGCUUAACUUCCUCCACGAGAAGGGCAUCAUCUAUCGAGAUCUGAAGCUAGACAACGUUUUGCUCGACCACGAGGGCCACAUCAAGCUAACCGAUUAUGGCAUGUGUAAGGAGGGCAUCCGAUCCGGGGACACAACGUCCACCUUCUGUGGCACACCCAACUACAUUGCCCCAGAGAUUCUGAGGGGCGAGGACUAUGGCUUCUCGGUGGACUGGUGGGCACUGGGUGUCCUGCUCUACGAGAUGUUGGCCGGACGCAGUCCCUUCGACUUGGCAGGAGCCUCUGAGAAUCCAGAUCAGAACACUGAGGACUACUUGUUCCAAGUCAUCCUGGAGAAGACCAUUCGUAUUCCACGGUCGUUGAGUGUGCGAGCUGCUUCGGUCCUAAAAGGUUUCCUCAACAAGAAUCCCGCUGAUCGCUUGGGCUGCCAUCGGGAGUCCGCCUUCAUGGAUAUUGUCAGCCAUCCGUUCUUCAAGAACAUGGAUUGGGAAUUGAUAGCACAAAAGGAGGUGCAACCGCCUUAUAUACCCAGCCUAGACACUGGCGACCCCUAUAUGACAACCAACUUCGAUGUACAAUUUACCCAAGAACCCGCUGAACUAACGCCCGAUGAUCCUCACGUUAUUGAUAAUAUCGAUCAGUCCGAGUUCGAGGGCUUUGAGUAUGUGAACCCCUUGCUGAUGUCCUUGGAGGAUUGCGUCUGACACCACGAAAUGUGCGACUUACAUCCGUACAAUAUGCGGCUCUAUGGCGAGGAUUCCAGUGAUUAUGAUUCCGUGGCUGAUGAUCUCAGUCUCCUGCAUUUGAAUAGCGCAGCAGUGGCUGGAGGAUCUGUCAAUAGCAAUAACAAUCUCAGCCAGCAGCAGCAUUAUCGUCAGCAACAGCAAUACCUUCCCCAUUCAUCAUACUCUCAGCAACAGCAACAGCAACAGCAACAGCUACAACAUCAGCAACAGCAACAUCAGCAACAGCAACAUCAACAGCAACAGCAGCCACAACUCCAUCAUAAUGCACAUGUUUUGCCUUCCAUUGAACUAAUUAAAAUAACGAAUUAGAAAACAAGCAACAACAGCAAUGAGCAACACAGCAAUGAGCCACAAGUAGCAGAGCAACAAGAAAGUUAAUAUGAUUAAAAAAAAAGAGAACAGAUUCAAAACAAUCUAUAUAUAUAUAUAUAUAAUCCUCUCUACCAACUGAUGCAAAACUCAAUUUAUUAAAAGAUCUGUCACAAGUUGCGAGUAUUACACUAAAAAAGGCAUAAAGCAAAACGAUUACUUUACUAUUUAAGCACCUAGGCAGCAAGAAUGCAAGAAUGCAAGCUAAAGAAACCAUUUCAUAACUCAAUGCAAGACUCUUUCACCGAAAAGACAACCUUUUUAAGCUAACCAUAUGUGCAUCAAAAAAAAAUAUGAAUAUAAUUUUUAAAAACUUGACACUAAAAAAUACAUACAUUUCAAACACUUAAUUUUACUAGCCAGAAUACGAGAGGAGGAGAGGAGAAUAUGGAUGUGGAGUAUAUAGUAUAUUUCAAAAUGAAUCAAUCUAUAAUAUCUAAGCAUAUAUAAAUCUAAUGUAAAAUGUGUGUGUGUUAGAAUUAGAGAGCAAAGCAUGGUUUUUAAAGGCGGCAGAUAUACAACAUAUAUGUUUGUGUGCUGUAAACAGAAAAUAGUUAAACUAAACUAACAAAAAAAAAAAACAAAGUACUACACAUUGUAAUUCCGAAAUUCUAAUUUUUACAAGAUAUAGGAGAGCAGCUAACCAAUUUCUGGAAAAAAAACUCUAUUCUCUUACAAUACGAACAAAAACCCCAUAUUUAUUUAUUGUAUCCUUUUUUGUAUUAUUUAUUAAAAAAAAAAAAAAACGAAAAGAAACAAACAAAACAAACACAAUCCGUCUACUGGCAAUAUAUAUAUGUAUUUUUUUGUUAAGUAUUAAUGAAACUAUUGUUUUUUUAAUGCAUUCCGCUGUACUUACAACAACAAACGUAUAUUUAUAUAUUUUUGUUAAUUUAUUGAGGCACAUCUAAGGCCAUCUCAAGCGUAAGGAAUAUAAAAUAUAUUUACAAUUUUUUAAGUGAUGCUAACUUUGGUCAAAAAGUAAAUCAAAAUGCUAAUCCUUUUGGUUACAUCUUUUUGUGUACACGGCGUACAAUUUUAACAAAAUCUUUAAAUAUAAAAUAUAAACGUUACAAAUUGUAUAUUAUGUUUUUUUUAUAAUCCACAUACAAAAAUAUUGUGAAAUUUAUGCAAAAUUAGUGAUCAUAAAAGAAAGUAAUAUCAUUGUGUUGCAAAAUAAGAUAUUGUGUUUUUAAUUGACUUUAAACUUAAAAAGAAAAACUUAAAUUAAAUUUAAAUUUGAUGAAAAAUGUUACUUGUUAAUGUAUGAAAAGCAAACGAAAAACAAAAACAUAAGAAUUAUGCGAAUGUUGUUAUAUUUCCAAAUACAACGCAAUCUAAAAAAAAAAGAGGUAAUAACGAUCAAACCAAGUUUUUGAUUCAAGAAACAAAAAAUAGUAAGCAAUCAGCAAUGAAACACUAAAUCAAUUUAAAAUUGCACUUAACGAUUACCGAGUUAUAGACACGAUAACCCGAAUCUAACCCGGUCUAUCCAUUAGCCUUUCCAUUAGUUCUAUUGUUGUGUUUGAUAACCAUGUUCUACCAACUAUGUUUAAUUAGAAAAUAAUGAUUUUAUUAUCACCGUAUUAUAUACACACGUAUUUGUAUUUUCUUCAACCGAUAAUUGCGACUCAUUUUAUAUACUGGACGCACUUUUUGGCAUUAACCUUACAGAUACAGAUACAGAUUCAGAUACAGAUGAUAGCAAAAUGUCAAAAAUGAAAUUGAAAACGCAAUCAGUACUGGCGUUACAAUUAUGCAUAUAAACGGAAAACGAAUAAAGUAUUGUAUAAGAAA